UCUACCACCUGCAGCACAAUAUACUUCUAAUUUUUUUCUCCCUCUCUCUCCUCAUCACUUCCGCUCGCUCGAAAAUCCAACGUCACGCAUUUCGAACUACUAGAGAAGUGCGUCUCGUCGACACCGUUUCGAUUACCGAAACACACGAUUACUAUUAUACUAUACAGAUAGCAGAGAAGAGUCAUUAAGAAAUUGUAAAAAUGCACAAUUUAGCUCAUAAUGUUCCAGUGUUGAGCUCGCCAUCAUCGUUUGUGUAUAAUCAAUUCGGAACUUAUGGAACAACUUAUAAUCAAGUUUGUCAGUCCUCAUUAAUAGCGACAGUCCAACCUCCACCGUCUGUGUCUACUUAUAUUAAUUCGAUGGUUACUGCUCAAACAAUUACAACACCAGUCGUUUCCUCAAUCAACACUCAAAUUGUGGAUAGUCGCAAUGUUUUGUCUAAUAUACCGUCACCGACCAUACCAAUGUUUUCAAUUAACAGUCGUCCAAACACAUCAACCAGAGAACAGCAUUCGAAUACUAGAACCACCAAUCCAAUUUUGUUUAAUAAUUCAUCUAUGCAACAACAGUCAUUUUCCACUCAUCAUGCUAUACUAGCAGAGUCUCUUCAAUUAUCAAUACCAGCGCAUCAAAACAGAAUAAUUUCAUCAAACAGAGAUCCAACCACGUUUAAUAAUGUUUCAACACUACAUCGUAUAGUCCCUUACCAAGCGGUAUUUAAUCAAUUUUCAGCUGCAAUGCCAAAUACUCCUCGACACAAUAUCACUUUUGGACCUGAAGGCAGUAAUUUGUUUAUAUACCAUUUACCACAAGAGUUUAGUGACAACGAACUCACCCAUAUGUUUAUGCCAUUCGGUCAAGUGCUGAGCUCAAAAGUGUACAUAGAUAGGGAAACAAAUCAAAGCAAAUGUUUCGGUUUUGUGUCAUUCGAUACCAACAAGUGCACAAACUGCCAUUCAAGUAAUGAAUGGUUUUCAGAUCUGCCAGAAGAGAUUAAAAGUACAAUUAAAACGCCCAAAGGAAAAAAAUUCUAGUAGAAUUUACUUUUGAAUGUGAUUGAUUUAUCAAAUUUGAACGAUCUUACGUAUUAAAUUUAAUGUAUGAAACCAGUCAGUAUACUGUAAAAUUGAUACAACAAUAUUAUUAAAUUCUCUAAGGUAAACAUUUUUAUAAAUGUACUAUUCUGAGCUAAAAGCGAGCUAAAUUUAAAAAAAAUAUAAAUAAAUAAAAUACAGAUUUCAUUAGGACUAUUAAUAUAAAUUAUUUCAAAAUAUCAACUUAACAAAAUGUAUCAAAUAGGUACACAACAAGUAAUUAUAUAGGUAUAUUAUGUAACUUAAUUUUAAUCAAGACGUUUUUAUGGUUUCAUACAAUCAUUGCAAGUGGUAGGUAAUGAUUCGAUUUGUACAGAAACAGAGAAAACUGUUUGUAAUUAUAAUAUUAUUAGUGACGCACUCUGCUUUUUUUAAACACACAACAACGAAUUUGUUUCUUUAUUUUCAAAAUUGAAUUAGUUAGGCUAUAACUUAUAUCUUAUAUCUACUAAUAGCUACUGAAAAACAAAAAUAUUAAUUCAUAUAAUAACUAUAUAGGUACCUAUCUAUUAAAAAUUGUUAUUUUACAACUAAAAAUUUAGAAUUACAUACAUUAUUUUAUAAUACUGUAUAAUGUUAGAAUGCGAUAAAAAAUAAAAUACUUAUUUACUGAUAAAACAUGAUAAUGUCAUUAGAAGAUUUUCUAUGAUAAACCUAUUCGAAAUAUGACAAUAAAAUACCUGGGUAAUACGACGAUUACCUAAUUUUAAUUAAAUCAAAAAAUUUUGUAGUCUAAAAGGUUAAAAUAAUAUGAUUUACUGUUCGGGAUAUUUAAAUAUUUAACCGUAGAAUUUCUUUAUGCAGUUAAAGGAAAUUUAACUAAUUCGCCAACCUUAAAUAAACCAUAAAACAAUAUUUAAGUUUUUUUUUCAUGUUUAUGCUUAUUUUUACAUCAAUGCGCAUGAAAUUAUUAAAAUUAAAGUUUGAUUCUGAAUAAAAAGAGGUUUUUUAAAGUAUUAAUACAGUUAUUUAGUAGAUAAUUAGAUUAAAAUAAUGACUUAAUAUUUUAGAUGAUUUUUGUACGACGCGACUCGACGCAACUCAUACUAUUUAAACAAAAUACUUUUAGUACCUACUUAUUCAAUUAUAUAGACAUACGAUUUGAGUAGGUAUAAAUUAAAUAAAAAAUGUACUCAUAUGAUGUAAUUCAAGUUGUAUAGUAUUUAAAAUUAUUAUAUUUAUGUGGACAUCAUACAAAUUAUGUAUAACCGAAUAUUGAAAAACAAUAAUACAUUUUAGAAAAACAAUUUAAUACCCAUACUUAAUUAAAUUAAUUAAAUUGAAAUACCCAUAGGUAAUCGAUUUAAAUAUUACCAUGAAUAAGGCAUAAUAAAUACACAAUGUUCUUAUAAUUGUUUAUAGUUUUGAACUUGGUAAACAUUAAUAAUUUAACCGUACUUUAAACUGCAAAUGAAAUAUAAU